AUCGAGCCAGCUCCGUUCCGACGAAGGGUCCGUUCCGCCCAAUGGCUCCAUCGUCGUCCAAGAGCGCUGUGGCCGCGGCUGCCCUGGCAGGCUGCGCCUUCGUCUUGCCCAACACUCAGAGGUCCACCCAGACGGCACCAACACGACGAAGCGGCGUUGCUCAGGCGGAGACUUCUGCCAGCAGUCACAGUGGAUCUGCUGCGAUUGGCAUUACUUUGGGUGCCUUGGGCGCUGCAGUGCUGCGGGCACGACAUGCCAAGACGACGACCAAGGCCUUUGAGAACGAGCUAGGUGUGCAACCUCCACUGGGAUUUUGGGACCCAGCAGGCCUUUCCUCUGAUGGAGAUGCCAGGGAGUUCUAUCGACGCCGUGUGGUGGAGAUCAAGCAUGGACGUGUCUCCAUGUUGGCAUGCACUGGCUAUAUUGUGCAGGAGUUCUUUCGAUUCCCAGGAUUUCUGUCUCCCAGCAGCGAGAUCAAAUUCACGGACGUGCCCAACGGCCUGGCCGCGGCCACCAAGGUCCCCGCCGUGGGAUGGUUCCAGUACACCGUCUUCUGCGGCAUCUGCGACCUGUGGCUCAUGCACCAGGUGCCCACCAAUCCUCCAGGCAAGCUGUGCACUCGUCUCUUUGGUGAGGAAACCACCAACUAUGAGUACGGCUUCUUGGGCCUUCCAGGAUAUUUGGGUGGCAAGGCCAUUGCGGAUCCUGAAGUCAAGAAGAAGAAGUUGAACGCUGAGAUCGCUAACGGACGCCUGGCCAUGAUGGCCAUCAUCGGUAUGUUCUUCCAAGACGGGCUGACAGGUUCCGCCUGGGGUGACUGGGCCAACUAUACGGAGUCGCCUUUGAGGGCCUUUGAAUCAGAGCUUGGAGUGCAGCCUCCCGUGGGUUUCUGGGACCCCUUAGGCUUCACCAAAACGGAUGAUGCCGCAUCCUUCCGUCGCCGUCGCUAUGUGGAACUCAAGCACGGCCGUGUGGCCAUGUUCGCGUGCCUGGGAUACAUCGUGCCAGAGUACUACCGCUGGCCUGGUGAUCUCUCUCCAUCAUUGGGUCUGAAGUUCAGCGACGUGCCAACAGGCUUCGCCGCCUUCAGCAAGGUCCCUCUGAGCGGCUGGGCACAGAUGGUGGCCUUCGCCGGCACGGUGGAGCUGUUUCAAUAUGUGGAUGAUCCCAAGAGGGCUCCUGGUGACUUCGAAAAUGCGGGCUUCCUAGGCAUUCCCAACGGCUUCGUGAAGGCCCCAGCCGCCACCAAGGAAAAGAAGUUGGCGGCCGAGAUCGCUAAUGGACGGCUGGCCAUGAUGGCCAUCAUCGGGAUGUUCUUCCAAAACGGCCUCACAGGUGAAGCCUGGGGCGACUGGUCCCUCUACACCGACUCGCCCUUGCGCGCCCUGACGCCGGCCCAGGAGGCCAUUGCAGGCACCGGCGGUCCCUUCCCGGAGGAUUUCUGGGAUCCUGCGGGCAUCACCAACGGGAAGAGCAAGGAGGAGAUCUUAAACCUUCGCGCUAUGGAGCUGAAGCAUGGCCGUGUCGCCAUGUUGGCAGUGCUUGGCUGGUUCCACGUGGCCGCCGGGUAUCACAUCAUUGGCGACUACGCGGUGGGAGAGCACUUGGACAACAACCCUCUGGUGAAUCUGACGCAGAUGCCCAUGGGAGGUAUUUGGCAGGUGGUCUUUACCAUCAUGUGCCUCGAAUGGGUCACCACCUACGUCUGCAAGCCGCCUGCGGAGAAGCCUUGGGACAUCCUGGGCUGGAGCGACAUUCUGAUCGAGGAUGAGAAGAGCAUCUGGAAUCAGUUCAGAAAAGCCGAGAAUCAGGAACUGAACAAUGGACGCCUGGCCAUGAUGGGCAUCACCGGCCUCAUUGCACAGGACGUCCUCUUCGGUGACUUCGGUGAAGCUGCGGUGCUGCCCUGCUUCGGUGCCGCGGCCUGCAAGGAGCUCUUCAGCCCGGUGGGGCCGGAGGCCACUACGGAGCCCUUCUUGGGCGCUGGCUUCAUCUAUCCACCCCUGGCGCAAUGAGGUAUGAUGCUGGCAGAUGGGAUGGCGGAUGGCCUGUUUCACUUCGAAAAAUCAGGGAGGUGACCAUUUCGGCACCCGUGGGAUUUUUUGGUG